AUGAGCACUAGGAAGAGAGAGGAGCUGGUGGACUUCCUGAAACCAAAAUUUUUAACCAAGAAUAUGUACAGUUGUUUUGAUAACAGAGAUCUCCAAUCGCAUGAUGUGUUUCUGAACAAAGCCAUGAAGAAAUCUCUCCAGAGUAAAAAUGGCCACCUGGACCUGUUUGUUCGCUUCCUUCAUGGCCUCUCUUUGGAGUCCAACCAGAGUCUCUUAAGAGGUCUGCUGGGUCAGACAGAGAUCAGUUCAGAAACGAUCCAGAGAGUCAUCAACCACCUGAAGGAGAUGAACAGUGAUAAAAUCUCUCCUGACAGAAGCAUCAACAUCUUCCACUGUCUGAUGGAGAUGAACGACCUCUCAGUACAUCAGGAGAUCCAAGAGCUCCUGAAGUCAGAGAACAGAUCAAAGAAGGAACUCUCUGAGAUCCAGUGCUCAGCUCUGGCCUUCAUGCUGCAGAUGUCAGAGGAGGUUCUGGAUGAGUUGGACCUUCAUAAGUACAAAACAUCAAAGCAGGGACGACUGAGACUGAUUCCAGCUGUGAGGAACUGCAGAAAGGCUCGACUGAUUCAGUGUCGACUCUCAGAGACUCACUGUGAAGUUGUGGCCUCAGCUCUGAAGUCCAACCCCUCCCAUCUGACAGAGCUGGACAUGAGCAACAACAACCUGAAGCAUUCAGCAGUGAAGCUUCUGUGUGCUGGACUGGAGAGUCCAAACUGUCGACUGGAGACUCUGGUAUUGAGAAGCUGUGGUUUGUCAGAGAUCAGCUGUGAUUAUCUAGCAGCAGCACGAAAGUCCAACCCCUCCCAUCUAAGAGAGCUGGACCUGAGUGAGAACAAGCUGCAGGAUUCAGGAGUGAAGCAGCUGUGUGGUUUUCUGGAGAGUCCAGGAUGUGGACUUGAAACUCUGAGAUUGAGUAUCUGUGGUUUGUCAGAGAUCAGCUGUGAUUAUCUAGCAGCAGCUCUGAAGUCCAACCCCUCCCAUCUGAGACAGCUGGACCUGUGCUGGAACAAGCUGCAGGGUUCUGGAGUGAAGCAGUUGUGUGGUUUUCUGGAGAGUCCAGUAUGUGUACUUGAAACUCUGAGAUUGACCAGCUGUGGUUUGUCAAAGAUCAGCUGUGAUUAUCUGGCAGCAGCACUGAAGUCCAACCCCUCCCAUCUGAGAGAUCUGGAGCUGAGAGGAAACAAGCUGCAGGAUUCAGAUGUGAAGCAGCUGUCUGAUCUUAAGGAGAGUCCAGACUGCAGACUGGAGACUGUGGGGUGGUGAUGAUGGUAAAGAGGACAGUGUGUGUGCUGAG